UCAAAGAAGCCAAGCUCUCAAAAAAUGUGAAUCAAUGGGAUUAUUUACGCGUGUAUAACUGGAAUCCACUCCAAGAGACCGAUUUUGCUGCAGAAAAAGAUACUCUUGCUCCCCACCCCCUCCUUUCUUUUUGACAGUCAGUUAAUAAAGACUCAACAAUAAGCAGCUGCCAGUGAUGUCAUUUGGGACUUUGUCCACGGAGCUUGUAUUUACAAGCUCGGAGCAACUACGGAGCCGCAGCCCAGGGAGCAAGUCUCCGCAAACUCGCCCGGGAUUCGCGGCAGGAUCUCGCUGAUGCCGGUGGAUAUUCAGGAAAACCGAGGAGUCUCUUAGCCGCGGUCUUUGAAUGCUUGAAACGUAAACAGAGCAAAACCGCGGGAGGAGAUUUUUAGCAGCAGAGAGGUUGAGUGGUUGCAGUUCCUCUGUCUGUCUCCAGGACUGUGUGAUUUGUGUUCACUGAGGAGCUAACUACAAUGACCCUGGAAACAGACGGGGGAUUCUUAUAAAUCACAAAGGAAAAUAAAUAACCUGACCCAUGGAGGGAAAGAGACAACUUGAAAAAAGGGACUUUGGAAAAAGGCUGUCCCUGGAUAGCAGUCUUGUGGAAUACAUGGACUCUAAUAAAUACAUUGAGCAUCUGCUAACUCAACUGGAGGAGCAACACAGAAGUCUCUGGAGGGAGAAGUUGGCUGUGGCCCGACUACAGCGAGAAGUUGCCCAGAGAACCAGCGAGGGGGCCAUGCAUGAGAAGCUGAUACAUGAACUGGAAGAGGAGAGACACUUGCGUCUUCAAAGUGAGAAGCGGUUGCGGGAGGUGACCCUUGAGUCCGAGCGCAACAGAGUUCAGAUGCGCGGUCUGCAGCGGCAAUUCUCCAGGAUGGAAGAAACAGUACGGAAUCUAUUGCAGAGUCAAGGACCUCCAGAGCAGAAGAGAGAAGAACCUGUUAACAUAAUGACCUAUCAGGAAAAGCCAUCGGAGGAAGAGAGAAAACACAAGGAAGCUUUGGAUGAUCUUCACAUGGUGGUAGAUGAGGAUUCAAGGAGUGAAAACAGCAGUACCGAUGAGGGCAAAGAAAAGACGAAAUUGCUGUUGGAAAGAUUGAAAGCUUUAGAGGCGGAGAAUUCAGCCUUGGCUUUGGAAAAUGAAAAUCAAAGAGAACAGUAUGAGCGAUGUCUGGAUGAGGUAGCCAACCAAGUUGUUCAAGCUCUGCUCACUCAAAAGGAUCUAAGGGAGGAGUGUGUAAAGUUGAAAACAAGAGUGUUUGAUUUGGAACAACAGAACCGAACACUAAGCAUCCUAUUCCAACAGCGAGUCCGACCAACUUCUGAUCUGCUCCUGCAGAAACUUCACUCCCGCAUCUUGGAUCUUUCAUCUGGAGAUUUGCUCUCAGAGGUGGGAAGGAGCCGAAGUCUGACGCAGUCACGAACUGAUGUCGAGCUACACGAAUACCAACUGAAUGCAAGAUCAGGAACUUCUGCCCUGAAGUGUACUGGCUUGGGGGCUGUCAUCCCUGGUCACCUCUGUCCUCGAAACAGCUGCAGUAGCAGUGAACUGUCCCUUUCCAGCACCUGCAGCGAAUACUCCAGUGGCUCCUCUUACACGUGGCAUGAUAGCAAGAACCUCAGGAAAAGGCAAUCAACACAAAACUGGGAUAAAAGGCUAAGUAUCGAUUCUUCACUCCCAAGUGGCUUUGCUAGUUCUGCAGAUGAACUACCUCCCACUCGGAUCAAGGAAAGUCAUAUUUUGGAAGGGCUAAGGAAGCUACAGAAAUGCAAAGUAUUACUUGAACCCCCGUCAGUGAUAACCAAAUGGGGUUAUAAAGAUUGCAUGAACUCAAAUGAAGGAAUAUAUUCUCCAGGAAUUAAAAGUGACAGCCUUAAGGAAUAUCCUUCCAGCAAACUACCUGGUGUGGGGAGCCCUGGCAGGGAGCUCCACAAGACAUUUGUUUAUGAUACAGAUCCUCAGGAGGAUGCCGAUGAAGACUCAUCCUCUUUAGCAUUGCUGCAAACAGUUCCAAAUGAAGGCUGCAGGCUGCACAGCAGUAAGUUAACCCACAGUGUUUCUGAUAGUCUAUUUGGCUGGGAGCCCGAUGGAAAACACUUUUCAGAAGACAUGUCCUCAGUUUACCCCAGGGAAAAGCCUGAAAAGCUAUCUCAUUGUGCCAGCAACUACCCGUUGGACAGGAAGCUGUGCCCAAGUGUGCAGGUACCUCAGGUGCAGAGGGAGAGAGAUCCGCACAACCAAGGCCAUGGUCACGUGGCUCUCAAUCUCCAGCUCUCAGACACUGAUGACAACGAAACCCUAGAUGAGUUACGCAUAGAGAGCAGUGAUGAGAAAAGCCCCUCAGACCUGUCACUGACUGCUGACACCGACAAGUCCACUGAGAACCUGGACAUCCUCAUAGGAUUCGGAAAGUCUGAACUUGAGUCUCCUAAAGAGGAAAAAACUGUGCCCACCUACCUAGAGACGAGGCCAAAGACAUUUGGCUUUAUUAAGCAGCAAAGGGUUGUAAAAAGGACUUCUUCAGAAGAAUGUGUCACUGUGAUAUUUGAUGCAGAAGACGGUGAACCCGUUGAAUUCAGCUCUCACCAGACUGGAGUUGUCACUGUUACCAGAAAUGAAAUCUCCAUCAACACGGCCUCUGCUGGGCCCAAGGCCGAACACAUGGAACUUUCACCUCAGGGAAUUGCUCAUUUACAGCCGGGAGCUGCUGCGGCGAGAGAUUCUGCCUUCUUAAGAAGAUCUGAAGAGGGAAGUGAGAAAAACAUUCCAAAGGAUGACGUGGAUCAUGUUCCUCUGGUGACCAUAGACUCCUUCAGCCCCCAGUCAGUUACGCAAAAUGCCCCACGACAAAAACCGACCAAGCCAGCACACAAUAUGUCAUGCCAGAGUAAUUCAAGGUCUGGGGCAUCUGUAGGUAUCUAUCAAAAGCAAAGUCUGACAAAAAUACCUGCCAGAGGCAAGUCUUCACCUCAGAAAUCAAAAAUAAUAGAGCCUGAAGCUUCCACACUAGGUUCCCCCUCUGGCCUAGUGACUCUUGAGAAAUCAUCAGCCUUACUCCCUGGGAAACUCUCACGGUUCAUGAAGACUGAGAGCCCAGGGCCCUUCUGUUCGGAUGCACAAACAGAAUCUCACAUUCCAAAACACCCUCUCCAAUUCCCCCAUGGCCCCAAAAUGUCCAGCAGGAAGGACUCGGUCCAGUGCUCUAAGAGUCAGGCUCCAGGAUCGCGGUCGAGGCCCCUUGCAGAGCCUCAUGAGAAUGGAGACCCUCCUACAAGGGACCAACGCUGUGACUCAGAGCCAGACCUGGGAAUGAAGUCUCCUUCCCCGCCCCCUCCUCCAGGCAGGUCAGUUUCCCUCCUGGUCAGGUCCAGUUAUGACUGUCUGCCGCCACCUUCAUCUGCCAAAUCUGAAGCCAGAGUCCCCAGCGACACGGCAAGGACAGUAUUCAAGGCCCCUCUGCUGAAAGGAACCUUUGCUCCUGUCAUUUCUUCGAAUCAUGCCACCACAGAAGUGCAGAGGAAGAAACCUUCCGUGGCUUUCAAAAAGCCUGUCUUCACCCAUGCUCCACCCUCCACAGAAGCCACGAUUCCCACCAGAUGCCCUGCUCACAUCCCCACUAGCUCUUUUGCCAUGAUGUCUCCAGGGCCUCCAAAGUUCUCUCCAAAGAGAGGUGUCCCCAAAACCUCUCCUCACCAAACACUUGGGACCCUACACACAGACACAGGGUUAAGGACACCCAAGAAUUGUCCUUCCAUCCAUGAGCCAGUAGAGAUAGCCUCCAAAAGUGUAUCUCCAGGAAGAAAAGGACAAGUGAAUGACAGUGUCCUCGCAUCCCCCAAGCCUUCCUUCUUAGGGGCCAGUGAGUCACCAUCAUCUCAGGUUAACAGUUCCUCUUCCUCCUUCAAAAGCCAUAGUGCCCCAUAUGGUUGUCAUAAUGCUCAUGAGAAAGGACUGAAAACUCGUCUCCCGGUGGGACUCAAAGUUCUCAUGAAGUCUCCCCAGUUGCUCAGGAAAAGUUCCACGGUGCCAGGAAAACAUGAAAAAGACAGUUUAAACGAAGCCUCUAAAAGUUCUGUGGCUGUGGGCGAGUCUAAACCCGAGGACUCCCGGCAUCCAGCAAGGCUUGAGACCGCAGGGAAUAGAGGAACCACCUCUACACUAGGUUCACAAGGGCCAGACAGUUUAGUGGAAGGACUUCCCCUGGAAACAGCACUGCCAGAAUCAUUAGAAAAUGGCAUCCUUAGGGCUGAUGGAAAAGAUGGAGUGGAAAACAGAUCCGUGAAAAGAUCGCUUUCUUCCAGCAAACCACACCUAAAACCAGCUCUAGGCAUGAAUGGUGCCAAAGCCCGAAGCCAGAGCUUCAGUGCCCACUCAGGAGACAAACCCUCUACUCCCCCCAUGGAAGGUUCAGGCAAAAUCCGAACUCAGAUUAUUACCAACACUGCUGAGAGAGGCAAUUCUCUUACCAGGCAGAAUGCCUCUGCCGAAAGCUCUCCUCCCAAGAGCUCUUCUGCUCCCGCAUCUGAGAGUCCCCCCAGUGCUGGAAAGCCCCUGGGACACUCCUUCUCCCGGCAAUGCUCCCAAGGGAGCACAGGCAGUUCCAGUAGCCAGCAUGGGAGCCCAAGCAAGUUGCCCCUGAGGAUCCCCCCAAAACCUGAAGGGAUCCCCACCCCACCUGGAAUGGAACACCAGCGGGCCUAUGCCCAGGUAGAAUGUGCCGGCCUGACUGUAUCUGGGGAACCAGGCAGUGACCACUGCAGGUGCCUACCCACCCCAGCAGAUUUCCCUCAAGCCUUGAUGGCCCCAGGGAGGACACAGCCUCCAAACAAUUUGGAAACAAGCAGAGCAUCCACGCUAGAAACUUCUGGAAGGCAUCCAGAUGCCUCUAAAACUGAGAGUGGUGCUGUGAGCCCAGAAGCCCCCCUCUCACCCACAAUUGAAGAAAAGGUCAUGUUGUGCAUUCAGGAAAACGUGGAAAAGGGCCAAGUGCAGACAAAGUCCACCUCUGUGGAAGCAAAGCCAAAGCCUGGGCCUUCUUUCGCCAGCUGGUUUGGUUUUCGGAAGAGCAGACUUCCAGCUCUUAGUAGCCGGAAAAUGGAUGUGUCCAAAACCAAAGUGGAAAAGAAAGAUGCAAAAGUCUUGGGGUUUGGAAACAAACAACUGAAAUCGGAAAGAAAAAAAGAAAAGAAAAAGUCUGAACUGCAGUAUGAAAUCGAAAAUGUGCUCAACAGGGGCAACACGUCGGAAGACAGUCCCGAGGCUGGUUUGCAAAGCAAAAAUAACCUGAAAACAUCACCAGACAUUUACAACCGAAUGAAGUUGGAACCAAGAAACAGACCCAACCCUGUUACUUGUUCAGCAAAAGAUAACUUUAUGACGGAACUCUUAAACAGAGUUGAUAAGAAAGGAGCUCAACAGACAGAGAGUGGAUCAAAGAAUGUUUCCUGCAGGAACAUGUUAAAGGGCAGUUCCCAGGGCUCCUGUCUCAUCGGCAGCUCUAUCAGCACUCAAGGAAGCCACAAGAAAAAUGUCAAAACCAAAGCGGAUGUGGUAACACCCAGAGACUCCCUGAUAAAAGAGGCAAACGAAAACUUACAAGAGGAUGAAGAAGAUACAAUUGCAGAUUCCGCAUUUCAGAGCCAUAACCUAGAAUCAAACUGCCAGAUGAGAACAUUGGACAGUGGAAUUGGAACCUUCCCACUCCCAGAGUCAGGAAAUCGCUCGAUGGGACGGUACCUAUGCCCACCAGACUCUCCGGAGGAGACCAACCCCCUCCUGUCUCUCCAGCCAGCUCCUUCCACAGCUUCUUCCAUCAGAGCCCAAACCCUAGAACGCGAAGUGCCUUCCUCCGCGGACAGCCAGUGCUCCACAAAGACUGCCAUCGUUCAUUCCAUAUCCGACCCCAUCAUGACGGCCAGGGGCCUGCGACCUCAGAGUCGCCUUCCCAAACCAGCCUCCUCAGGAAGAAGCAGUUUCCAAAAGCAGAACGAAGCAGGGCCAACACCUCAGACUUGCUCAUCAUUCAAAUAUGCUGAAGACACCAUGGCAGGCCAGCCACUUCCAGGCUGGGGCGGUGAGGAUGCUGCCGCUGAGACCCAGAAAUUGAAACAAGUUGAAGAAACAAAAGAAGAUUCUGAGAAUAGAUUAUCUAAAAUUUCCCUGGAGUCAUUCAAUAAAUUUAACAGCAAUACCGUGAUUUUAUUAGAAAAAGAGAACUCUCUGAACAAGGUUGAAGGACAAAAGGAAGAAAAAGAAAAAAAUGAAGAGGCAUCUUUAAGUAGCUCAGAUAGACCUGGGGUAGAUAAUUUGGAAUCUUUGAGUGAUUCUUUAUACGAUAGCUUCUCUUCUUGUGCAAGUCAAGGUUCAAAUGAUGUAUAAAGGACUUUUCCCCUCUUAGUGACAGCUGGGAAUAGUGCACUUAAGGAAAUGGGGCAGGGGUGGGAGAUAUAGAGAUAACCAUAAACUAUUGCAACUCCAGAGUCUACCUUGUCACAUUCACAGCAGGCGACCCAGCAGAGCAUAUGUCUCUGGUAGGGCAAUAAAGAACAACUCCAUUUAUUGUGUUUCAAGAGCAUUAAAAAGCAAACACGAUACAGACUUCUUAAUUUUGCACUUUUUUUGAAUACUUGUACAGAAGUUGUAAAUGUUUUGGAAGAGAAAUUAUAUUUGUAGGAGGAAAAAUGAUAGCAAUAAAUGGAAUCAGUGCCAUGCUCUUGAAUUGAUGUACUAAAUCUUAGAAGUGGAUGAUAAUAUAUAUAUAUUUUAAAAUUUCGACUAAAGAUUUUGUGAAGUUCAUUGUUCUAGUCCUCAAAUUAUUUGUGGGUACACCUAAAACAAGGCCUAUGGAAAAAAAACAGAGGGAUCAUGGUAAUCUCUAUCUUACAAUAUCAUUUUGAUAGAAAUUUUAAUUCUACCAUCAUUUCAAAAGUAUUGCCAGAGAGAUUCAAGUCAUAGGGAUAAGUGUAAUUCUGCCUUUCCUGAAAAAUAAAGUGUGAACACAGAUUGGAAGUGUGACACUGAAUCUAGUAGCAAUCUAACCCUAAUUCCAAUAGCAGGUUUCCCUCCAAACAUUUCCUUACAUCCUCUUCUACUCAGUGCUUCUCUCUGAUUCUGAGUAGUAUUUGCUGAUCUUAUCUUCUUGCUCUUUUUAUUAAAAUCUGAGUACUCUCAAAAUGAAAGCAAAUUCCUAUUUGCCAUGUUCACUUUUUAAAACAUAAAAUGGUUGGUGCUAUAAAAAAUUCUUACUUUUAAUAUUCUUUUUUUCUACAAAGACUGUUUAUAUGUAAGGAUAAAUUCUAUUUUAAAGGUUAUGUGUAUUUUUUCUAGAUGUGAACUAUUUAUAAUUGCUUUUGUACAGGAGCUUGUAAACUAGGCAUAAUAGAAAUAUUUUUAGGAUCUAUAUGGUUACUUUAGCACACAUUUGUUUCUUUAAAGGAUAUUGUAUGAUCAGUGUUAUUUUGUUAAUUUGUGCAAUUUGUUAUAUUUGAACUUUGUUACCUUUAAUGAAAAUUAUGUAAAGUGCCCUUGUCUUUCAGACUUUUAAAAAUCCCUUUGUUUCAUUUCUGAAUAAAAGUCCUAUCACAAUUGCACACACUGAAAGCUGGAAA